UGUUGAAGAAAGGGUUAGGGUUAGGGUUAGGGUUAGGGUUAGGAGAAAUGGGGUUCAACGCUGAUGGUGGAGCCAUCAACUGGUUCCCUGGACACAUGGCAGCAGCAACACGCGCCAUUCGUAACCGCCUUAAACUCUCCGACCUCGUCAUCGAAGUCAGAGACGCUCGCAUUCCCUUGUCCUCCGCUAAUUCCAUUCUUCAGCCUCACCUCUCCGCUAAACGACGCGUCGUCGCACUCAAUAAGAAAGACUUAGCCAACCCAAACAUCAUGCAUAAAUGGAUAGAUUAUUUUGAAUCGUGCAAGCAAGAUUGUAUUCCUAUAAAUGCGCAUAGCAAGAGUUCAGUUAAGAAGCUUCUGGAGCUUGUGGAGUUGAAAUUGAAGGAAGUUAUUUGCAAGGAACCUACUCUGCUUGUUAUGGUUGUUGGUGUUCCUAAUGUUGGCAAAUCUGCUUUGAUUAAUUCUAUUCAUCAAAUUGCACAGUCUCGCUUUCCUGUAGUGCAGGAGAAGAUGAAGCGUGCUGCUGUUGGUCCAUUACCUGGUGUUACUCAAGAUAUUGCAGGAUUCAAGAUAGCAAAUAAACCGAGUAUAUAUGUCCUAGAUACCCCAGGGGUUUUGGUUCCGAGUAUCUCAGACAUAGAGACGGGGUUAAAGCUCGCUCUUGCAGGGUCAGUGAAAGAUUCAGUGGUGGGCGAGGAGCGUAUUGCUCAAUACUUAUUGGCAGUUUUGAAUACCCGGGGGACUCCACUUCACUGGAAGCAUCUAAAUAACCGGAGAAUAGACGGGAUUGAAUGUGAAGCUCAAGCUGAGGAAAGUUAUGAAUAUAAUCUGAAAAAUCUUAAGCCAAAGAGAAGAAAUCUGCCAAAUAGAUCUGACUUGGUAUAUGUUGAGGAUCUUGUAAUGGAAGUUCAGCGAGCACUCUAUCUGACUCUGGCAGAAUUCAAUGGCAACGUUGAAGAUGAGAGUGACUUAGAGAGCCUUAUUGACCAGCAGUUUGGUGCACUGCAGAAGGCAUUGAAGAUACCUCACAAGGCUUCAGAAGCCCGGUUGAUGGUAUCCAAGAAGUUCCUUACUUUAUUCAGGACUGGUAAACUUGGACCUUUCAUUCUUGAUGAUGUCCCCGAUGUAAAACCUGUAUCAUGAACAUAUAUUGAUGCUUUGUAUUUUUUUCUCCUCCCCUUUUCUAGUUUAUUAGAUUUCUCAUAUGUUGUACUAUAUUUAUAUUAGGGAAAUGCAUGACAAAUGAAUUCUUGUUAUUUUAAGAAAAAAACAAGAUAAAUUCAUUGAAUAAUAUGUCUUCUCACUUUUUUAAUAUUAUAUAAUUUGUCUUUUUCUUAACAUAACAACUAUUCAUUUGUCAUGUAACAUGACAAAUGCAUUUCCCUUUAUAUUAUAU